AUGCAUUCGCGACUUGUGACGUACUCGACGGCGAGGGGCGGGCGACGCUAUAUAGCACCAGCAGCUGACAGGAGGACCGGCCUGCCCACCGUCGAGGCCGAGCUGUUUGGCGCGCUGUCGCGGAGCGGCGCGGUGGCCGGUGACGAUGCCGGCUACCCCCCGCACUAUUCGCGCGCCUCGCGCACCGACAGAGGAGUCUCGGCGCUCGGCCAGGUCGUGUCCAUGCGCAUGCGUGUUUGGGAUGGCGUGAUAGACGAGAUAAACUGCCACCUACCGGACGACAUUCGGAUCUGUGAUAUCCGUCGCGUGCCGCCGAGCUUCAACGCCCAGAAACUCUGUGAUGGCCGACUCUACUCCUACACCUUGCCAACGUUUGCAUUUGCGCCCAUGUGUGAGACGGUGUCCCUGGUUUACCGCCUGACCGAGUCCAGACGACAAGAGGUGUACCAGUUAUUUCAGAAUUACGUGGGCGUCCACAGCUUCCAUAGUUUCUCUCCCAAGGGGGACCCGGACUCGCAGAAGAUGACCCGCAGAGUGAUGAGCAUCGACGUAGCUGAGCCGUACCUGGCCCACGGCCUGGAGUUCACCACCAUCUGGGUCAAGGGCGCCAGUUUUGUGCUGAGUCAGAUCCGGCGCAUGGUGGGAAUGGUGGUGGCUGUGUGCCGCGGCGCCGCCGCUCCGGACGCCUUGCCGGAUGCACUAGGCUACCAGCGGCUAUGUACGCCCACGGCGCCCGGCCUCGGCCUCGUCCUCCGACAGGCGCAGUACGACUCGCUCGCCGCCGCCCCCUGGAACGUGCACGGCGCGCUGACGUGGAGCGCCGAGGCGACCGCCGUAGCGCGCCGCCAGGAGACGCUCCUGCUGCGCCACAUCCACCGCACGGAGGCCGACUCCGGCGUUACGUUCGACUUUGUCGACAAGCUGCUGCACAACCGCGUGGGACUGCCAGUGACGUCUUCAUCCAGCUACCGCUCUCCGUUGGGGUACGCGCUGCUGCAGACCGGCCGAGCCUGGGUGGCGCCGCUUGAGCCGCACCGGGACGAGGACAGCUGACGGCCGCGGUGCCCAGUCUGCCUGCCCUCCAGUCUGUCGUUCAGACCUCCCAUUAGCCGGCGUCAUGGGUCCCGGACUCGCGCCCCUCCACCGGGCCGGCCGUGGUCUCCUGGGAGUGUACGGACCCACUCAGCGGCGUCCUUAUUGGGCCGUGCCGUCGACCUGACGGGUUCGCCUGUUGUGUCCGGCAAGCCGGGCCGGCCCAGUUUGCAACAGGCUGCGGUGGGGCGGGGCGGGCAUGAAGUCACCGAGCCCAGGUAACCGUGAGUUAGGCUUUGGCGGUCUGAGGCUGGGCGUCUUGUUCAUUGACAUUGCCUGGUUGCACUGUUGCGUAAACGCUCAACACUCAGUUGGCUGCGAGGGUUUGAUUGAUGUGUGCUUUUUGUUUUGAUGCUCUUGCCUAUAUCCUGAUCUUUUGUGGUGCUAUGGUAGCCGCGCAACCAUAGCGUGAGACAGGCUAUCCUGAAAUUUGUGAUACCUGUUGUCACGCUAUGAAUAAUCCGCCCUUCCAACAAGACGGUUUGUCGUUGUGGUGCUCUCGGAGCGUAAGGCCUUAUGCGAUACCUGAAUACACAAGAACACAACCGUCGAUA